AUGGCCGCCAGAGGCAGGAGGGCCGUCGCAGCUUGGACAUUGUACCUUCAGUUGCAGGAGAGCGACCAAGCGAGAUGGCACAUGAAGCUGUAUUAUUCCCGUUCUUUUCACGGGAUGGCUGAGCGACAUUGCCACGUUUUCAGCUUGAAAACCUGGCUCAUUUUUGCCCUGCAUGAAUUCUUCUCGAAGAUUCGACCCAGGAAGAAGAGCCUUGUGAAAAUAAUAAAUGUGAGCAGAUGCGACCGUCAAAACAAAAGGGUUGGGAGUGGCCUCGUCAAGGGAAAUGACUUUGGGUGA